AUGCUUCCACUUUUUUCAACUUUAGCACUAUCUUCAACAUAUAACGUAGUUGUUGACGCUGGCUCAAAUUCAAAGUUAUAUGUUUUCAAAACAACUCAAAAUGAAACAUCAUUUGAUAUCAAGCUCGUCAAUCAAACUUACACAUCUAAAGGUACUUUAGCUAAUGCGUACUACAAUCUCGAUGUUAUUAGCCAGAUUUUCGAUGAGCUUUGCCCAAAGGCUGAAGAAAUCAUCAAUACUGAUUCAAAUAAUUUUGUAGGUCUUUCAACAGUUCCAUUUUUCGUCGCCGGAACAUCUUUAAUGAGAGAUCUUGAUAUAGAAGAUAGAUACAUGGUACAAAAUAAUACAUACAAUUACAUUAAACAAAAAUGUAAAUUUAAUAUAACAAAUGAAACAGUUACAACACUUUCUGCUAAAUCCGAGGCAAUCUACACUUAUGUUACAGUCAAUAUAGCUUCAAAGGAUACUUCAGUUCAGACAGUUAUAGGCUUAUCUGGCGGAAAUAAUUUCGUCGCUACAAAAGAAAGUAAUGGCCUCCUUUCUUCUGAUACCAUUACAUAUGGAACCCAUAAGGAUGUUAUUUGGGUCUUUACAUAUCCAGCUUUCUCCACAAAAUCCCUUAUAAAUAACUACACUCUUUCAUCUGCAAGCCUUGCAGGCAAAGCUUUUAUAAACUCGUCAUGCUACCUCACAGGAUAUCAAUCCGAUGAAGACGAUUUCAUUUCAAUUAAGGGAGAAGGAAAUUAUACAGCUUGCAAUCAAACAAUCAACGAUCAGACCCUUAUUUUCGAACAAUACUACGGCUAUAAAGAAGGCUACUUCUUUAACAAGAUCGAAAGACCUAAAUUACCAUCAACACCUGUUUAUGCAACCGGAGAUUCUUAUACUUCAAACUUCGAAGGCUUAUUCGAAAGUUUGAAGGACACAAUCCCAGAGAUGGCCAAUUUCUCGAAUAUUACCCUCGAUGAUUUCAUUACAGCUGCAGAUAAAUACUGCGCUUUACCUCUCGAAGAUGUUAAGCGCAAAACCUCCAUCCCAGAACAAUACCUCGCUCAAGACUGCUUAGAGAUGUCUCUCCAGGCUCGUAUACUUAAAUUUGGUUUCAAUUUGGAAAACGAUCAAGUCUUCAGAUAUUCACAAAUUAACGGUGUUCCUAUCGGAUGGCAAGCCGGUCUUGUUACAACAUUCUAUUCCCCUGAACCUGAUACAAAUAAGGCGAAACAGUGGAUUGGAAUUAUUUUGUCUCUUGCAAUUGUUAUUAUUAUCAUCAUUAUCGUUACAGUCGUUAUUUGCAAGUGCGUUAAGAAGCACAAAGAAGAACAAGCUAAGCAGGUUAAUUAUGUCGACCCAUCUGCUUUUGACAACCUCAAUGAAAACUAA